AUGUGCUUUUACGAGUACGACGUGUACGACUGCAUCGUGUGCAAGGAAGUCAUGCACACCAAACCCUACCUCCUGCUGAGGGAGCCUGGGGCCACGCAGUUCGAGACGAUUGACAAGCGCUGCCCCACGGCCCAGAGGCUGGACAUGUUGGCGGAAAACUGUCCGUUUGUCAAGUACAACAACUUUCCAAGGCGGAUCCGGCUCCAGCCCAACCAGUUCUGCAGCAAGGUCUGCGAGGGAUCAUAUCGGCGUGCCCACCAAAAGGCGAAGCGUCGUGAGGAGGCUGCUGGGGGCCAAGGUGGCUCCUGGAAAACGGCCUCGCACCUCGACAGCGGCAGCGACUUCAACAAAUACCGUCGAUCCCCGGCGCACAAGCGAGGCCGCUCGCCGUCACCUCACUCACGGUGGAUGUAUGACGGGUGGGAAGGGAAGCAGGAGGAAGGCCUUGUGUCUUUGCAGGACGACGGAUACAGUAACUACUACUACGACCCCGGCGAGAGCAGCUGCUCUUCGUCCACCGUCCCAACGAAGCACCGCCCGCAGCCGUCGCCGCCGCUGGAGGACUUUCGAGAAGUGUAUGAGAAGGCGUAUGGCUGCGUCACCGUCGCCCCUGAGCUCGGGAGAUGGAAACGUUUGGGUGGGAAGCGGUUCCUGCAGUGA